CCCCCCCCUUUUUACUUCAGCUGAUACCUUUUUUUAUGUGGUUCCUCCUUGAGUCGGAUGUUUUCCCUUUCAGGACUUACAAUCGUCACUUUAUGAAGAGAAUCAACUCCGAAUCAAACUGCAAAUGGAGGUCGACAGCAAGGAUUCCGAAAUUGAACAACUAUCUCAGAAGUUGGCUUCGGCAUCAGCUGAUACCGUAUCAAAUAUUAGUAGCGGAGCAGAGAACGAAUCAGAAGAGGGAGUUCAAGAUUCUUGGUUAGAAGGCUGGCUUUUUAUUCCUUCAAAACAAAAUAUUCGGCGCCAUGGUUGGCGAAAACAAUACGUGGUCGUGUCGUCCAAGAAGAUCUUCUUUUAUAAUUCAGAGAGGGACAAGCAGAACCGAUCCCGUUCUCAUCCUAGACUUGAACAAAGUCUUCCACGUCCGUUCUGUUACACAGGGCGAUGUCAUACGCGCUGAUGCCAAAGAGAUUCCCCGUAUUUUGCAGAUUCUCUACGCCGGCGAAGGCGAAUCUCGUAAACCAGACGAGAGCACCCCACCGCCGGAUUUAGUCGGUCGUGAGGAAAAACCUGGAACUGUUAAUCACAAAGGCCACGAACUUGUGGCUAUUAGUUUCCACAUGCCAACCACUUGUGAAGUGUGCUCAAAACCUUUGUGGCAUAUGUUCCGACCCCCACCUGCCCUUGAGUGCCGCCGGUGUCGCAUCAAAGUUCACAAAGAACAUUUGGAUAAGCGUGAGGAAAUUAUCGCUCUCUGCAAAGUCCACUACGAUCCUAAUACAGCCAAAGAGAUGCUCUUAUUAGCAGGGACGAUAGAAGAACAACAGCAGUUGAUAUCGCGUCUGUCGAAAAAGAUCCAGAAAUUUAAUACUUAA